AUGGAUGCUGUCAACUACUGGUUCGCUGGAACAUCUCUCGACUGGGUUAUCAUUAUCGCGCUCGUCUUGGUGCCGGCGGGUUGUCGGUGGUCGGCGCUUAACGGCGCCUCAUGGAUUGCAGACACCCUCGUCCUCGCGCCGGGAUUGCUUGCGCCGCAGGAUGCUUGCGCCGCGAAGAGAGGCGAACUGCCUGUCGCUGGUGCGAUGCACAGCGGACUCGUUUCUCGAAUAGAAAACCCUGCGAUGGUCUCAUGGUUGUACCAGAUCAGCCGCCCCGGGCAUCUCGUUGAAGCGCUGGUGGAGACAGUCGGAUCCGAAACCCCAUACACGACGCUCACAUACGGGACCACUCAAGCCGUCGCCUUCCGACGCAUCCGACUCGCCGUGAAGGAAUUCCUUCCCCUUUCCUUUAUUCCAUACGUGACGGGCAUCCUUUGCACAAUAACCUCCUUUGUCUUUCUCAGCUUCAUCGGCGAUUAUUGGGCCAUGGGAGUACUAUCGAUACUUGUGGUGGCAAAGGGUGUGAAUGUGGUCACAUCCAGGCGGCGAUUCAUCCGAGACGGAGGCGGCAGAUCCUCGCCACGCGUCUCGGGUGAUUUGCUGGUUCUCCUCAACCCAAACCGUUGGGUCAGGUUGCGUGGCGAUGAGGAUGACUUAGACUUUAUCACUUCCAGACAGAGCGUACGCGAACCCACGUAUGUGGAGAGUCUGGCGCUGGGAGGAGCCACACUAUCGGUGUACGCAGCUGCUAUACUUGCCCGAAAAUCGACGACGGUUGGAAAUCUGGUCAUUGCUAGUCUACUUUCCAUAUCCGCCGCACUUCUCAGGCUAUACAACGCAGCGUCGCGUUGUCUCUAUAUCCUAAACCGCAAGGUUUCACGGCAUGGUUCAGCCAAGAGAUACGAACGGUUAUUAGAUCUGGCAGAGGAAAUGAUCGAUAUUCACGGUGGUCGAAGGGAUUGGGCAAUCGAGAUGGGCCUUGUCUUAUCUCAGCCCGAGCCAUCCGCGCCUCGGCCACCAUUCACCCUAUUCUCAAUGAGUUCGAAAAACACGAUACGCAAGCAACGUGAACAUAGUGGCCGGUAUUGCAUCCCUGCCGCCUUGGCAGAUCGGCAAAUCAAAGACCCGGCUAUGCUUUUGGCCAUCCUCAACGAUAUCUUCGGGACACAUUACUCUCUUCAAGUUUUCCCGGAGUUGGAAGCCGUUUUGCUCUCUUUCAUCGGCGCGUGUUAUGACUUCGGGAUGAUAUAUGGUCUGCUUCGACCUCGAUGGUUCUGUACUUCUGAAUUGGGAUCUGUCGUGUCUCUUCUGGAACAACUGAAGCACGAGGAUACUCGGCGUAGAAAACCUUCUGACCGUGCGCGGAAGACAGGCUUGAUCCUAACACCCACGCUUGCACCUCGGCGGGUGUGGGAUCUGUACAGUAAUCGCAUUUUGCCGUCUUGGGCGACCAAACUUGUCUACUCUGAUAUAAUAGCUGUGUCACACGCUUGGUUGUCUCCUUCCGCGCGCUCAGAAACCAGUACAGCUAUCAAUCACUAUGAAUGGCCAGUAGCUCUUCCUCGAGAACUCAGUCUGGAUGAUCUUCGAAUCGAGCUUCUGAAUCUGGGAUGCAAGGAGUCUGGAAAUCUCGAGUAUGCCUGGCUUGAUGUUUUGUGCUUGCGCCAGCAAUCUGGAAAGCCUUUGACCUCCGACGAACUUGCCCAAGAGUGGACGAUUGAUGUCCCGGCAAUUGGAGCGAUAUACCGAAAUUGCAAGUCUGUUGUUGUGUACAUGAAUGGGCUUGGACUUCCUUUUCAGACGAGUGAUUUGAGCGAUCCUAGCCAUUGGUGUAAUCGCGUUGAGACACUGCAGACGCUGCGUCUUCGAGACUCGGGGAUGCUACUGGGCGGCAGAACUGAUGGAUCGCCUUCAUUUGAUUUUAGUUCAUUGAAUCGUGUUGUCACAAAGGAGCCGUUUGUGCAACAGCUCGGCUUCAGAAUCUUGACCGGAGAGGCGAACAUGCGCCACAUUAUUUCAGCCGUGGCUGAGAUGAAGAGCCGCUCUGCGCGAGAGGAUAUAGAUAAGAUUGCUGGCUUGAUCUACCCCUUCUGCGCGACCAUACAUCCUGCACUCUAUCAAGCACCGGAGUUCUUCGAGUCGAGAAGAUUCUUCGGGCUCUACGUGGGAGUUGGCGAGCUAGCCGCUCCGAUGUUUCACGCCGUCUUCAAGGCCAUACGAUCAGUAGUUCCUGGUGCUCAAGAGAUCUACCACGCAGCGAUCAUUUCCAGUGUAUGGCGGCGGUUCAUCUACUGCGUCACAGCUUCCACCCGCGCAGAUCUUUUCUACCUCUUCCCCGCCGCGGGUGAUGGUCAUUUCAAGUGGACGCCUUCUUGGUCCCAGCUCUUUGACAGAGCAGAGUCUCUGAUGAAAUAUGGAUCAUAUGCAUUGCAGCUUCCGGAUGAAUACAGCCCUUUUCUGCUAGACAUGAAGCCGCCAGCGCGACAUGAGCUUGCAAUGUCCAGUAAACCAAGACAAUACGGCGAUCAUGACGAGGAAUACUUCUGUCGGGCCGUUCGUGUCCGCGACUGUCGCGUCAGCGGUUUUGCAUGUGCUGCGCCGCCCGCUGAAAUCCGCCGAGGCACGAUUACGUUCUCUGCGAAGAGGCCUGACGGCACGAUCGAUACUAUGAUAGUGAACAUGGUUGCUCGCCAUUCCAUCCCCAUCCCCAACGGGGCGUACUGUGCGCUCGCCAAUCUCGCCAAUGGCGCUAAUGCUUGUCGUUAUUGGGUCGUUGGCUACUUGAAUGGCGGUCUCAUCGACACCAGACCACGAUUCACCAAAAUAUCUGUUUUAGAGGUUGACAACGAUUUCGGGGGCGAGUGGACAAGCAUGCGCUUGGGAGAGAAUCUCGGGGCUUUGAGAUGGGAUGCGGCCCAUGGCGAGUACAAGGGUCAGAAAACCAGCCGAUGGGUCAAAUCGGUGAGACUCGCCUAA